CUAUGGUAACAGUAUGUUACAAAAAAAACAUAAUAAUAUAAAAAAAUUAAAUAAAAAUAUUAAUGCAUUUUGGCUAAGAUUUAUGAAGAAAGAUUAUUUAUUUACUAAAUUUUAUAAGAAAAACACUUUUUUCUCAAAAUGUUUGGACUUUUUCAUUUAUAUAGCAAAGAAAAAAAAUACCAGUGGUGAAUACAUACCACCAAAAUAAAGUUUUAUCUGUCUCAAAAAAAUGCAAAAAAAUUCAUAUGGGUACAGUGUUGCAUGACCGUGCAAUUGUCAUUCAAAAUGUGAUAGCACUGAAAGCUGAAUAUUGGCCUGGACAGGAAAGGGGUGAAAGUGUCCGGCCUUGAAGUG